UGAGCUGGCCGUGGGGGGGGGGCGGGAAGCGCUUCGGAGCAGUGAAGCGGAUGUCGGCCUUAAGGCGCUCAGGCUACGGCCCCAGUGACGGUCCGUCUUACGGCCGCUACUACGGGCCUGGGGGUGGAGAUGUGCCGGUGCACCCACCUCCACCCUUAUACCCUCCUCGCCCCGAACCUCCCCCGCCUCCCGUUUCCUGGCGGAUGCGCGGGGGUGGCCCGGCUGAGACCACCUGGCCGGGGGAAGGCGGGGGAGGUGAUGGCUACUACCCUUCUGGAGGCACCUGGACGGAGCCGGGUCGAGCUGCAGGAAGCCACCAGGAGCAGCCACCAUAUCCUAGCUACAAUUCUAACUACUGGAAUUCUCCUGCUCGACCUAGGACUCCUUACCCAAGUACAUAUCCUGUAAGGCCGGAAAUGCAAGGCCAGAGUUUGAAUUCUUACACUAAUGGAGCAUAUGGCCCACCAUACCCCACUGGCCCAGGGGCAAAUACUGCCUCAUACUCUGGGGCUUAUUACACACCUGGAUACUCUCAGACCAGUUACUCCACGGAGGUUCCAAGCACCUACCGCUCACCUGGCAACAGCCCAACCCCAGUCUCUCGUUGGAUGUAUCCCCAGCAGGACUGCCAGGCUGAAGCACCUCCUCUUAGAGGGCAGGUUCCAGGGUACCCUGCUUCACAGAACCCUGGAAUGGCCCUGCCCCAUUAUCCUUAUGGGGAUGGUAAUCGUAGUGUGCCACAAGCAGGACCAUCUUCACGACCACAAGAGGACUCAUGGGCUUCUCAGGGUGCUUAUGGAAUGGGAACCCGUUACCCCUGGCCUUCAGCUGCGCCCUCAGCACCACCUGGGAAUCUCUAUAUGAGUGAAAGUACUUCAGCAUGGCCUAGCACUGGCUCUCCUCAGCCACCCACUUCACCACCACCCCAGCAGCCAAAGGAUUCCUCAUACCCCUAUAGCCAAUCAGAUCAAGGCAUGAACCAGCACAACUUUCCUUGCAAUGUCCAUCAGUACGAGUCCCCGGGAACAAUGAACAGUGAUAAUUCAGAUCUUUUGGAUUCCCAAGUCCAGUAUAGUGCUGAGCCUCAGCUGUAUGGUAAUGCCACCAACGAACAUGCCGGCAAUCAAGAGCAAAGUAAUAAUCUUCCUGAAGAGUGUUUACCUUCAGAUGAAGGUACUCCCCCAAGUAUUAAAAAAAUCAUACACGUGCUGGAGAAGGUCCAGUAUCUUGAGCAAGAAGUAGAAGAGUUCGUAGGAAAAAAGACAGACAAAGCAUACUGGCUUCUGGAAGAGAUGCUAACCAAGGAACUUUUGGAACUGGAUUCAGUUGAAACUGGGGGCCAGGACUCUGUCCGACAAGCCAGGAAAGAGGCUGUUUGUAAAAUCCAGGCCAUACUGGAAAAAUUGGAAAAAAAAGGAUUAUGAAAGGGUUUAGAAAAAAGGGGAAACCUGUUACCAACUUGACCAAAACUCUUGAUUUUGGUUAAUUACCCUUUUUUUUGAAAUGCCUGUUGAUGACAAGAAGCAAUGCAUUCCAGCUUUCCUUUGAUUUGAAACUUGAAAAACUGGUAAAGGAUUUGGGAAAACAUUUUUGUUAUAAGUUGUUUUCAGUUUUUAGACCAAUGAAUGUAAUAGGAAACAAUGGAGUUACCAAUAUUGCCAAGUAGACUUACUCCUUAAGAAAUGUAUGGAUAUCUACAAGUUGCUUCUUAUCAGCGGGAGGGAAAUACACUUUAUGUAACAGGCUUAUCAGAAAUCUACCAGAUGAGACUGGAUAUAAUCUGAGACAAACAGGCUCUGUUUUUUAAAACAUGUGGAUUAUUUGUCACAUUUUUGUACAUUUUGACUGCUUUCAACAUACACGUCGUAUAAUUACAGCUUGGACUUGAGCUUUGUUGGACCUCUGUUUUGUUUUGUUAUUUGCAGUUUACAAAUAUAGUAUUAUUCUCUACUUCUUGGUACAUUUUGUAGUAAUAUGUUUAAUGUAAUUAUUCAAGAGACUAUAUUGACAGCCAGAUAGUAUGGCAUUUCUGAAUGAAUUUAUAUCUUUUCACCACUUGAAUAUAUUGCAAUGCAUAAUGAGUUCCUGAGGUAAAUUGUCUCCUUUUUUGUAUAGAUCAUUAGGUUAGAGUUUCACCACUUCUACUUUUCGCGUUAAUAGCAGAAGGCAAUUUGAAAAUAACAUGGGCAUAGGAAUGCAAAUGCUUGUGGCCAUUUUUCUUUUUUGCUUUUUUAUCGUAUUUGGAUAAAGAUUUACUUUAAAAUUCGCCUCCCCCCCCCCUUUAAUUAUCUUUUCACUAGUGCUGCUUUCAUAUGGAGCAUAUGGAGCAUAGGUAACAGAUGAAAAAUUAAAUGCCACAGUGGGUAGAAAUAAUUAACUGUAAAAGUAAUAAAUACAACUAUUUGGAAAUGCUGUUCUUCAUCUAAAAUACUGGUUUCACCAUCAAGAGCCCUGCAGACAGAUUUCAGCUUAGUUUAUAGUAAAAAACAAGGAGGGUAAAAUAGAAUUCAUGCUCAGGGAAUGAAUCAGCCAUAGCUAGAGUAGGAAAUUAUUUUUUCUUUUAAAGGUGGAUUUGAUGUUUAUCUUUAUUUCCCUAGAAUAAAUUGCAUGGGAAAUAUUGCCUGUUUUAUUAAAAGAUAUUUAUUACCAUUAGUAACAAUCAUUUUAGAGCCAGAUUUAAGGAAGGGAUAUUGAAAGGGUCUUAGCUGGGCUUGCUUGGGUACCUCUGUGCUAUCUCUAUGCUAACGUAUAGAAGAGACUUAGGUAAAUAAUUUAGUUUUUACAUCUAAAGUGGUGUCUAGUAUACAGUGUCUGUUAUUAGAAAAAUGGUUGUUUCUUAAUAAGAUGGCAAAUGAUAAUGUUUCUUUUCUAGACUGCCAGGCCUGUUAGUGAUAAUAAAUCUAUCAGCCAUCUCCUCUCCUUAUUAAAAAAAUACAAAACCAAUACCAACAUAAUUGAUUGUGAGAAGAAAUGGAGUAAAAAUAACGGCUGGAUCUUAUGGUUGGGAUGAGUGAUUUUAUGAGAUAAUGUGAUAAUUUUAUUCUAGGAUUUUUAUUUUUGGCCUAAUAUGGGAAAGUUAAAAAAGGUUUUUCUAUGAAAAUUCAAAGACUACUUGAAACAAAAUUUAGAAGGGGGAGAACCUUAAAUAGCAAAGUUAACAUAAAACAGUGAAACAAUGAUGAAUUCAGGACAGAAAACGACUAUUUGAGUGCCCAAGAUACCAAUUUUCAUUUUCUUGAUGUAUAUAUAUUAUGCACAUAUAUACAUAUGUGUGUAUUUUUUUUAAAGUUAUUUAAAAAUUUUUUCAGAUAAUUUUAGGACUUUUGAAGAGUUGUAAAAAUAGUUUCUGUAUGCUCUUCACUCAACUUGCCCUUCUGUUAACAUCUUAUAUAACUGUAGACCAUUUGUCAAAGUAUGAAAUUAGCCUUGAUACAAUACUAUUACCUAACUAAAGUAGAGAAUUGACAAAAUAGAGAUUUUGUUAGUCUUUUCACUAAUGUCUGUUUUUACUUACUGUGACAGGAUCCAAUCCAGGAUCCCACCUUGCAUUUAGUUGUCAUGUCUGUAAUGUCCUCCAGUCUGUGGCAGUAUGUUAUGACACCUGAUGUUGUAAUGUAUGUCUGGUGUUGUUAACCUUAAUCACUAUCUAGUAGUGUCUGCUAGGAUUCUCUACUGAAAAUUAUUGUUUCCUUUGUGAUGACUAAAUAUUAGCUGGAGAUACUUGGAGACUAUGCAAAUGUCCUGUUUCUGCUUAAACCUUUGCCCACUUAUUUUCAUAAUCCAUUGGCAAAUCUUACUUGUGUUGUGUCAGUUACUACUGUGGUGUUCUAAUGGUGAUGUUCUGUUCCUCUCAUUCUACACUUAUUAAUUGGAAUUCUUCUGUAAGGAAGGGUUAUUGCUUCUGGAUUUAUAUUUUUAAUUAUAGUAAGAUAUUCAGGAUAAAUACAAACUUAGAACUUAAAGAUGUAAACUAUAUUCAACUAAUUCCAAAUAUCGAUAUUAAAGAAAGGAAAACUAAAUUAGUAACCUGUUUCAGAAAAUACACUGAACAUAUGAAGAAAAGUAUUUAUGAUUUGUGGAUUUGGUUUAGUUUUUAACUUACUAUUGACUCCAGACUGCAUUCAAAAUUUUCUCGAAAUUUCACAUGGACUUUAAGUGUCUAAAUUUAUAUUACUUUGGGGAUAAUUUUUGUCAGAAUCUUGAAUAAAGGUACCCAUACCUGGCAUGUAAAACACAAUUAUGUUUUUUUUAUAAUAAGCCACUGUUCUUUCAAAUAUAAACACCAAUAUGAAUAUUUAGACAAAUAAGUCCUAAUGAAAUAUCUGGGGGAUGGGUUAUGGUUGUCUACAUUUUUGGUGUGGAAUUCUUUGAAACGCUUUUUAAAAUAGGGUUUCACAAAUAGUUCUUUAGUUGAUAGAUGUAAUACUGUUAAAGGUGUGCAGAUUUUUUUUAAGUUUAUAGAUUAAAUUAUCAUUUUUAUAAAAGGUUUUUUGAGAUGGAUAGUUGAUGACUGGAAUUUUUCUUCUUCAUCUUUUUAAAAAGUUAGGUGUUUAAAGAAUCAAAUCUAUGGAAGUUAUGAUUUUAAAGAGUUAAUUCUAUGAAAAAGAGUAUUCUCCUGCUUCCACUCCCAUGUUUUAAAAUUGAUUUUAGUGAGAGAGGAAGGGGGAGAGAAAUAUCAAUCAGUUGCCUCCUUUACACGCACCCAAACUGGGGAUCAAACCCGCAACCUAACUAUGUGCCCUGACCAGGGAUCGGACCCACAACGUUUUAGUGUAUGGGGUGACGUUCCAACCGACUGAGCCACCCAGCCAGGGCGCCACUCCCAUUUUUAAUUCUUCAAAAGCAACCACUUUCCAUUGAAUUAAAAAAAAUUAUCUCCAUAUUUUUCUUUUUUGUGUGAACUUCUUUUUAUAGAUUUUAUUUUUAUUUUUUAGAGAGAGGGGAAGGAAGGGAGAAAGAAAGGAAGAGAAACAUUAAUGUGUGGUUGCCUCUUGCAUAACCCCUACCAGGAACCUGGGCUGCAACCCAGGCAUAUGGCCUGAGUGGGAAUUGAACCAGCGACUCUUUGGUUCACAGGCUUGUACUCAAACCAUUGAGCCAUACCAGCCAGGGCUAUCUCCAUAUUUUUCAAUAGCUUUUUCUUGAUUUGUCAAUUUUAGGUCAUUUCUACUGAUUGUCUAUUAUAGAGAAUGAAAGUUUAGUUUUAUUUCUCUGCCUCCUAACAUACACCCAUCCCUUUAACUUCUCAAUCUAGGUAUAUGGUAAAUUUGUUGAGUAUGUAAAUGCUAACCAGAGCUCAGUCAUGUAGUAAACUGAUUAACUUUCCUGAACAAAUUGUUUUUGCUGGAAUUAAUCAUUUGUUUUAUUUAUUUUGUUUGCUUAUGUACUUAGGAUUAAUUUGACCUCAAACCAUCCAUCAUUUGUCUAAAUCUCUUAAGAUGCUCAGACAGCCCUGGCUGGUGCGGCUCGUGGACUGAACGCCGGCCUGCAAACCAAGGGGUCACUGGUUCUAUCUCAGUCAGGGCACACGCCUGGGUUGCGGGCCAGGUCCCCAGCUGGGGGUGUGUGGGAGGCAACAGUGAUGUUUCUUUCCCUCCCUUCCCCACUCUUUAAAAAUAAAUAAAUAAAUAAAUAAAUAAAUAGAAUAUUAAAAAAAGAUCAGACAUAUAUUUUCUCAAUUUCAAAAGGAAAAAGUCUAUUCUAGAGCCUUCUGACUAAAGAACUGGUACUGUUCCUGGUACAUACUUUUAUUCUGGGGUCUUCUACUCUCCAUGUUGCUUUCUUGUUUUCUGUAGCCUGUCUUUCCCUUUCUGGGUUUGAUUCCUCAUUUUAGUAGAGUUUUGUCUUCAGUAGUUUCUAGGAAAGGGUGCAUGGGACAUAAUUCAUUUACAUCUGGCAUAUUUGAAAAUGUAUUUUCAUGGUCCUUUGUAAGAACCCCGAUUUUUCUCUCUGGAAGCUUAUAGGAUAUUUUUGUCUCCUCUGUUCUGAAAUUUCCUAAGGUAUAGCUUUGAUGCAGGUCUGUUUUUCUCUGUAUGCCGGGCACAUUUCAUUCUGGAAACUCAUGCCCUUAACUCCUAUGAAGUACUUGUGAUUUUUUUUUUGUUUGUUAAUUUUCCCCCUCUAUCACCGUUAUCUCUGUUAACUCUUUAUAGAAUUCCUGUGGUUUCUGUUAUAGACCUCUUAGAAUGGUUCUUUGGUUCACUUAUGUUUUCUGUUUUUCAUUUUUUGCCUUCUUGUACUUUUCCUCACCUUUAUAUUGCAAUUCUAGAAUUUUACAUUUCUUCUAUCAUAUUUUUAAUUUCUAAGAAUCUUCUUUUGUUCUACAGGAUUCUGCUUUUGUUUGUGGUUGUAGCAUCUUACAUCCUUGAGGAUAAUGAUAAUUUGAUGUUCUUAUUGAAUAAUGGAUUUCCUCCAAAAUUUCUUUUUGCUUUAUCUCAGUCUUUAUCACGUUAGAGAGAUUUCUCAGCUGUCUGGUAGUUCUUGGUUGUAUUUUUUUUACAGUGUAUUAUACUAGAAACCCAAAAUUGUUCCUAGAAAAUGCUUCCUGACUCUUCUGGUUUUAUUAUCAUCAUCAUCAUCUUUCUUGGAGUGGGAUAGCUAUUUUAAACCUGAAAUUGGGAAGGGUAUUUUUAUCUUGAUAAUUUUCACUCCUGUGUUUAAAACAGGAGGGUUUUAUAUUCUGUGUGGCUUUCCUCC